AGGAGCACCAUAAAUCGCAGAAGCAGAGGAAACAGGGGAGAGGCAGCUCAGCUCAUCAUCUCCAAUUUCCCUUCUGGUUUAGUCCACAAAAAUGGGCGGCGGCGGCCAGAUGUCCCUCCCUCCCAAACCCAAGAACUCCCACGCCGACUACGACGUUCACCAGCGAGUGCCCCACUCAAAGCCGCCGUUCACGCUGAGCCAAAUCAAGAAGGCCAUCCCGCCGCACUGCUUCAAGCGCUCCCUCAUCCGCUCCUUCUCCUACGUCGUCUCCGACCUCGCCGUCGUCUGCCUCCUCGCCUACGUCUCCACUCACUACUUCCACCGCCUCCCCCGGGCGGCCGCCGCCCUCGCCUGGCCCGCCGUCUGGCUCGUCCAGGGCUUCUUCCUCGUCGGCUACUGGUGCCUCGCCCACGAGUGCGGCCACCACGCCUUCAGCGAGUACAAGUGGCUAGACGACGUCGUCGGCUUACUCAUCCACUCUUCCAUCCUCGUCCCUUACUUCUCCUGGAAGAUCAGCCACCGCAUCCACCACUCCAACGCCGGUCUCCUAGAGAAGGACGAGUCCUUCGUCCCCAAAUUUAAAUCCGACAUCCCCUGGUACUACAGCUACUUCAACCACCCUCCGGGUCGGGUCCUGAUUCUCCUCGGUUCGGGUCUCGCCGGCUGGCCCCUCUAUCUCGCUUGCAACCUCACCGGCCGGUCCUACGACCGGUUGGCCUGCCACUUCGACCCUUACAGCCCCAUGUACACCGACCGCGAGCGCACCCUCAUCUUCCUCUCCGACGCCGGUGUCCUCGCCAGCGCGUACGCGUGGUGGCGCGUGGCGGCGGCGAUGGGGUUCUCAUGGUUUCUCAAGGCGUUCGUAGCGCCGAUGAUGGUGGUGAACGCGACCAUCGUGGUCAUCAUUUACCUGCACCACACGCACCCGUCGCUGCCGCACUACAACUCGUCUGAGUGGGACUGGCUCCGGGGGGCGCUGUCGACGGUGGACAGAGACUACGGAGUUCUGAACAAAGUGUUUCAUCACAUAGCUGACACGCACGUGCUCCACCACCUGUUCUCGUCGAUUCCGCAUUACCACGCGGAGGAGGCGACGAGGGCGAUCGAGCCGGUGCUCGGAGUGUACUACCAGUCCGACAGAACUCCGAUACUGAAGGCGCUGUGGAGGGAGGUGAGGGAGUGUAUCUACGUGGAGCCCGACGAGGGAUCUCCGAACAAGAAUGUUUUCUGGUUUAAUAAUAAGGUAGAUGGAAAGUGAGUGUGAAGAGUGCAUGAGGGGAUUGAAAUGGAGGUACGCAGGUUGAUUAGCGUGUUGUAAUAUUGGGUGAAGGAGAAUGUGUACGUCUAAUUUUAUUUCAAACAAAUUCGCUGAAUCAGUGAAUGGUAGCUAAUUGUUGAGAAAUAAAGAAAUUGCAAACCAGUCAUCGUGGUGUAGAGUUCUUCAAUGGAAAUAAAAUAAAAUGACUCGACUUUCUCUGAAGCAGAUCUCUUCAUGAUUUCAGAGAAAGGGACUGGUUUGAUUUCA